CUUCAUUCCCUUCAUCCAUAAUCUUCUGCUCUUAAUUCACUUUCACUUUGGCUUUUUUUUUUUUUUGGCAAUAUCAUUGCAAGAUAAAGGUAAUGACUUCUUCAGCGUUAUGUUGGUCAACUACUCCUUUGAUGUCAAGGAAAGCUAUGGCUACAAUUAAACCAAUGGCUCCUUGCUCAGUCAGCUUCCCACAAAGGGGCCUGAACAUUGGCAGGCCUUCGCGACUGUGUCCAGUGAGAGCUCAGGCAGCUGGGGAUAAUAAGAAUGCUCCUGUGGAUGUUCAUGUCAAUCAAGGUAACCAAGGUACUGCAGUUGAGAGAAAGCCCCGUAGGCAACUGGCUGUUGAUAUUUCACCUUUUGGUUUCAUGGAUUCAUUAUCCCCUAUGAGGACAAUGCGCCAAAUGCUGGACACAAUGGACAGACUGUUCGAAGAUGCAAUGACAUUCCCUGGAAGAAGCAGGGCAGGAGGGGAAGUACGUGCACCUUGGGACAUCAAAGACGAAGAACAUGAGAUCAGGAUGAGGUUCGACAUGCCAGGACUCUCCAAGGAAGAUGUCAAGGUCUCUGUCGAGGACGAUGUACUUGUCAUAAAGGGAGAAUGUAACAGGGAAGAAACUGGAGAUCAAGAUUCAUGGUCUGGUGGUGGCAAGAGCUUCAGCUCCUACGAUACCCGUCUUAAGCUUCCAGAUAACUGCGAAAAGGACAAAAUCAAAGCUGAGUUGAAGAAUGGAGUUCUGUUUAUUUCCAUUCCUAAGACCAGAGUGGAACGUAAGGUCAUAGAUGUUCACGUUCAGUAGGAGAAUGACUAUAUAAAUAACUGAAAACAAAUGCACCAUUUUUUAUCAUGGAGUCUGGUCUAUAGCUUCUGUAUGCGUGAAGGCAUCAUGUGGUGCAUCUUUUAUUUCACCCUUUGUACAUAGAGACGAAUGUAUGUGUAGUUGUUUAAUUUCUUAAUAUAAGUAAAUAACAGAAAACGUUAUCAGGUUGUUUGGUACAACUAUUUGAAA